AUGGAAUCCUCCUCUAUCUCUUCUAGUCAGUCUUUCCUCGACGCCUGUCUCGAGUUGACCGAACGUGCGGAACGGGCUGAUAACCUCCAAUUGGAGGUGGAUCGCCUCCGAGCGGAUAAUGAGCUCCUUCGCUCCAGGAUCGCAGAGUUGGAGGCGGGGAGCUCUGGACAAGUCUGUUUGAAGGCAGGAAUAGCGUUUCUUCGUAGUCUAACGAAUACGGAGGUUGCAUCCAAACGGAACGGUGAUAGUUUUGGUACAGAUGCCGCAAUGAAUCAACGCAAGCGACAGCGUAUUGAGGGUCCUGCUGAUCAGAGCGACUCUCAUUCUCGUCCUCCUCCAAGGCCUGACACAGAUGGUGGCGGCGAACCAGAGGUCAUUCACAUGGGUGAUACAUCAGAGGACGAUGACUUAUACUCUCCCAGCUCUGGAACUGUGAUUCCGGCCGAGACUCCCACACUGAACUCGAGUGCUCGUGCUGGGGGCACCGCAAGCACAAGCAAGGUCACGUUAAGGAACAUUGGCAGUAUUCAUGAGGACAAUAGCCAGCAGAAAUCUACGAAGGCUGCAAAUGAAAAACGGUCCAUGGCAUACUUCGAUCACUAUGGUCAACUUCCGCCCCUGUGCUCCAUCAUAAUCGACUACCGUGUUUCCAAACCACACCCCACCGCCAACUCCAACCACAAGUUCACACCGUUCAUCAUCCCGCAGAGCCAGUACCCCUCGGUCUCCGCGCCCUCCCACUUGUUCAAUACGGUGACGUCUUCAGCGAAGAGCGAGCUCAAGUGCCUGACCGUCAAUGCGUUGUAUCAGCCCCAUGCGCCGACGAAUCCAGGUGAGUUUGGUGUGCUGUUCACUGGGGCUGAGUGGGUGAGGAAGAGUGAUCGAAAAGGUGGCGAAGCAUUGUAUGAUUUGGUGGUUAGAGAGGGAAACAAGGCGUGGAGGUAUUACGGGACUUAUAAGGCAAUACGACUGGAGAACUUAGGCAGAGACGAAUGGAUCGCCGUGGCUAAGGACGUUCAACAGAGUUGGGCACGCUACUUUGGGACGAAUGGUACGGAGUCGCACUUGGCCAAGCGGGCUGAGGGUGCUCUUACCCUUAGCCGUGAUCCUUCCGAAGAAGAUAUGAAGAUCCUGAAGUCCAGGCCGAAUUUCCGGUCUGCGAAUGUUGAUGAUAUCAUGAAGGCGUGGAGAAUCGGUCGUGCGCUACCGUUCGUGUGGGGGUUACAAUGUGUCGGUUAUAACAAGAAGUACCACGACGAAGUGUACGAGGCAGUUCAACGGCUCGAGAAGUAG